AGUAUUCACGUGCCUGCGAUCGAUACUGAUAAGCUGGGUGGAGAUUAGGUGCAGUAUUAGGACUCCUGGCCACAGCUCACAGCUCUCUCUGAACGAUGUCGGGCAUAAAGACUAUUGCUUUUGAGGUGACCGGGAAGGUUCAGGUGGGUGAUCUCAGAUGCUGCGUGUUGUCUUGCUGACCCCUGCCUGUUUUCAGGGGGUCUUUUUCCGUCGGUCCUCCAAAAGGGAGGCUGACAUUCUAGGUGUUUCGGGAUACAUCAGGAACCACGAUGAAGGGCAUGUUGAAGGUGUGGCUGUUGGUACGAAUGUCCAACUUGACGCUUUUAAGAAGUUUCUCGCAGAAGGACCCACCCACGCGCGAGUGGAAAGAGUGGACGUAUUAAAGGAGGAGGAAGGAAACGCAUACGGUCGCGAGGGAUUUUCAAUCAAGAAAUAGACCGCUGGCAUAACAGCAGAA